AAAGAAAGUACAGACAAGCGUCCUUUCACGCCUGGAGAUCCUCUCCCUGCGUCAUGAGUGAAAGCGGCCCGUAGAAGGAACCAGCAGCGGAAUCCCAGGAGAAAUAAACCUUGCAGCAUGUCGAAAAGCGACAAGCAGCCCUCACUAGCCUUUGGUCAGGUAGUGAUUGGGCCUCCCGGCUCUGGGAAAACCACCUAUUGUCAUGGCAUGCAGGAAUUCCUUUCCGCAAUUGGGCGCAAAGUAGCUGUGGUGAAUCUGGACCCAGCAAACGAAGGGAUUCCGUUCCAGUGUGCUGUGGACAUCUCUGAACUGAUCACCUUGGCUGAUGUGAUGGAGAAUUUGAAACUUGGCCCCAAUGGUGGCUUAAUCUACUGCAUGGAGUACCUGGAGGCGAAUUUUGACUGGCUGCAGGAGAAACUGGACCAACUGAAAGGACAUUACUUCUUAUUUGAUUGCCCCGGACAAGUGGAGCUCUGCACCCAUCAUAGUUCAUUGAGAAACAUCUUUGCUCAACUUGCUAAGUGGAAUUUCAGGUUGGCUGCUGUUCAUCUGGUAGAUUCUCAUUACUGCACAGAUCCCGGCAAAUUCAUCUCUGUUCUCUGCACUUCCCUCUCCACAAUGCUGCACGUGGAGUUGCCCCACGUCAACAUCCUCUCCAAAAUGGACCUUAUUGAGCAGUAUGGGAAGUUGGCAUUUAAUCUAGAUUAUUACACAGAAGUUCUUGAUCUGUCCUACUUAGUGGACCAUUUGGCCUUAGAUCCAUUCUUCAAGAACUACCAGCGCCUGAACAAGAAGCUGGUGGGAGUGAUUGAAGACUAUAGUUUGGUCUCUUUUGUUCCCCUCAAUGUCCAGGACAAGGAAAGCAUGCGGUGCGUGAUGCAAGCAGUGGACAAAGCCAAUGGUUACUGUUUUGGGGACUCUGAACACAGAAACCUCAACGUCUUGAUGUCUGCAGCGAUGGGAGCUGAUUUUCAAUUUACUUCCACCCUGGCUGUCCAGGAGAAAUACGUGCAGCCACAGGAGAAAACGGUGGAGGAGGAAACUUUAGACCUGGAACACGCGAGUUACAGCACUCACUGAAGGAGGGUAGACUGGCCUGCCCAAAAUGGUCUCCCAGGAAGAGCAGCGGUGUGUGUGUGUAUGUGUCUGCUCCCUCAGAGAUGUUCCCGGGGUUGGUGCAGGAAUGAACUGGCCACCAUCAUUGAGUUCCUUCUAAUGGUGGUGUAAUGAGGAGCCAGAUGUUUCCGUUAAGAAACUUGGACAGUUGAUGACCAAAGAGCAGUUGGCAAGGUAAUACCAUCUGGUGCCUGCUAGUUGUGAGAGAUGACCAUUCAGUGCCACAGCAAUGUUGUGGCCUAACAUGUCUCUUUCAGAGUGUUAUCCUGCUUUAUUUUGCUGAGAAGCUUUUGAGAAUUUUGGGAUCGCUGCUACCAUUCCACAAUUGGGGGCCUUCCUAAUGUUUUUUUUGGAGGGGGGGCUGUUGCCAAUGAUAUGCCUUGGCCAUCAGCUCAAAGGGCAUUGUUGGGAAAGGCUGUUCUGUCCGGUCACAGAUCUCUUGCUUUGUGAUCUGUUCGGUGGCCUGACCUGCUUCUGGCCACUUUGGAUUGUGAUACUGAGGAAAAGCAUGGAAUCUGGAUAGUGUUGAGAGGAGCAUCUUUUGAGGCUUCUUUUGGUGCUGCCAAAGAUUUUGGAUUUUUGGAGAGAGGAAUGCUAAAUAAAGAAGUUUUUGAACUAUCUUUUUCCAA